CCCCGCAGGUUGUUGGAAGGUUGUGAUUUCUGCAGGAAAACGUUCUGCAUGGUUGACUUUGUGUAACAUUUUUGUGUAACAGUAGAGGAUGUUUAACACUUUUACAGCUGUACUUUGAACCGAAUCAUCCCAUCGAAGUAUUACAUGGGCUUUGAGAGUCAAGCCUUUGUGCUGCUUUUGUGUUUUAUUAACCAGUCUAGAAGUUGAGCUGAUUCACGGUGUUGCUGCGCUUCUUCAUUGUUUCGUGUGAACUCUUCUCCGUGAAGUAUCAACUUGUGCAAGUUCACUAACGUAAGGCAGAGUACACGGGGAUCUGCCAGGCCCGGGAGCCAUCACCAGUCCUCUUUGAGGCCUUCCCCAAACCGCACCUCAAUUAAUGUCCAAGCAUUCACCUUUACCUACUAAAAUGCUGUCAAACCUAAAAUGAGGACGUGGGCCCAGCUAGUGAAGAGUCAGCAAUGAUACUCAGUUACUUUCGUCAUGCAGCUGGUGAUCCGUCGGUACCGUCCUGCAGACAAGGACACAGUGCUCACCCUCUUCAGUACUGGCAUCUUGGAGCAUAUCCGUCCAUGUUUCUAUAACGCCAUGACCAGUCCCCUUUACCUCACCAUCACCCCGACUCUGUGUGCUGUUGGUUAUCUCCUUGGCUCUGUGUUUGGAGCUGUACUGUUCCCAGCAGCUUGGGUAGGUCUCAUCUACUACUGCUGUCAUGAAGUAUAUGCCAGCUUCGUCAGGGUGAGACUUCGCACCGACAUGCAGGACAUCCCUGGGAACUUCCUCAGCAGACCUGAUGACUGUUUCUGGGUGGCUGAGGCUGAGGUUGGAGCGAGAGCCCAGGUUGUUGGUAUGGUGGCUGUGGUAGCUAAACACAGUGGGACAGAAAAGUAUGGGGAAAUGUUCAGAAUGAUCAUUUUCCCACAGUAUAGACGGAUGGGCCUCGGCUUUAGGUUGACUCAGACCGCGGUUGACUUCUGUAAAGAACGGGGCUUCUGCAAGGCGGUGUUGGAGACUAGCUCCACCCAAAUGGCAGCUGUGGCCCUGUACAGCAAAGUGGGGUUUAACCGUGUCCAGUCUCAUAUCAAAGCACAGGCAGCUCAUUGGAUCAUUUCACUGGCCAGGGUCACGAUUAUAAGGAUGGAAAAAUACUUGUAAAUCAAAAAUAACACUCAUCAGCAGUGUGUUGUUUUCACGCUUGGCUCCUCUUUAACAGUGGUUUAAUAUUUGGCAAUGGUUAAACUUGACUGUAACCAAAAUGUUGUUCAGGUGUAACUUUGGAAGAAAAUGCCCAAUCUGUUAUAUACUUUAGGACAAAGCACUAUGAACAGAUCUGAAAGUAAGGAGCAAGAUGUUGUUACUAAAACCUGGUUUCCUCUUUAUAGAGUACUUUACAUAUUCUCUGACUACACCUUAAGCCCCCCAAAAAUUGUCUGUUAACAACAUAAGGCCAAUUAGCAGCUCCAGUCCUGUGAACCAAGAUUUAACAGUUAAUCCUUACAUUGUGUACUUUUCAGUGACGAUUAGAAUAACUUAAUGUAAUCAGAUGUACUGACCACUUUCUGCUGUAUUCAUUUAAAAAAGAAAGAAAGAAAUGUUUUAAAAUGUCAUUAACUGAGAUACAGAUAACAUAUUGUAAGCACAUGAUACAAAGAUACAUGUCGUAAUAAUAUUAAUAAUAAAACCAUUAACUUUUAAAAGGCAAACGUAGAGAAUUUAUAUGCAUCAGAGUGGA